GAGGAUCAUGUUAAAUGCACCCCCGCGGACUCUGAGACUCUCUCUCUCUCUCUCUCCCUCCCUCAUACAGAGAGAGGUAUGAAAAUGUAUGAACAGACAUAUACAAUCAUAUAGAUUAGACACACAAAUCACCCAACACAACAUAGGCAUAAGAAUUAGAAUCAUACACACAAACACGUAUAUAUGCAGGUAAACGAUACAAGAGUAGUUGGUGCAUCGAAAACAACCAUGAAGAAUAGAAACACUGGAAAAGUUUCCCCUCAAUGGAUUAUCAUCCUCUGCAUCUUCAGCUUUGCCAUCGGCACCCUUUUCACCAACAGAUUGUGGGCUCCUCUUCCUGAAUCCAACGGUCGGACCAUCUCACGGCCUCGACAUGAUCAAGAAUUGCAAUUUGUUUCCGAUGAUUCUAUCACACAGAAGGGUAAGGAUGUAAUGGGGGAGGUUCACAAAACCCAAGAAUCCAUUCAAUCAUUGCACAAUACGAUAUCUAAACUUCGAAUGGAGGUCGGUGCCACUCGGGGUUUCCAUGGUGAGAUGGAGAAUCCUGACAAUUUACCUGAUGUGAGGACAUCGUCUCAUAAUAGUCUGCCAAAGAGAAAAACAUUUAUGGUUAUUGGAAUAAACACUGCUUUCAGUAGCAGAAAGAGGCGUGAUUCAAUUAGAGAAACCUGGAUGCCUCAAGGUGACAAGUUACUCCAACUAGAGCAAGAAAAGGGGAUUGUCAUCCGCUUUAUGCUUGGUCACAGCGCAACAUCCAACAGCAUUCUAGAUCGAGCAAUUGACUCAGAGGAUGCUCAACAUAAAGAUUUUCUUAGGCUUGAGCAUGUUGAAGGGUAUCAUGAACUAUCAGCAAAGACAAAAACCUUCUUUUCCACAGCAAUUGCAAAAUGGGAUGCUGAAUUCUAUGUAAAGGUGGAUGAUGAUGUUCAUGUCAAUUUGGGCAUGCUAGCUGCAACUCUUGCCCGCCACCGUACAAAGCCAAGGGUAUAUAUAGGAUGUAUGAAAUCUGGACCAGUUCUUUCUCAGAAGAAUGUCAAGUAUCAUGAACCCGAAUAUUGGAAAUUUGGUGAGGAGGGGAACAAAUACUUUCGGCAUGCAACUGGGCAGAUUUAUGCUAUCUCAAGGGAUCUGGCAUCUUAUAUCUCUAUCAACCAGCCAAUAUUACACAAGUAUGCAAAUGAAGACGUGUCACUUGGUGCCUGGUUUAUUGGUCUUGAAGUUGAGCACAUAGAUGAUCGGAACAUGUGUUGUGGGACUCCACCUGAUUGCGAGUGGAAGGCGCAAGCGGGAAAUGUUUGCAUAGCUUCGUUUGAUUGGAGCUGCAGCGGAAUAUGCAAAUCAGUGGAAAGAAUCAAGCUUGUUCACGAGAGGUGUGGGGAAGAUGCUGCUGCUAUCUGGAGUGCUCUCUUCUAAAAUUUUAGUUCAAAUGUUGGUAUCAAUUCCCAUCAUCUUCAUUUUCUGUUGACCAAAGAGAUCACAUGAAAUAGCAUGUAGGAGCUCACAAGUUUGGAGAAUUUAGAUAGGAAAUCUGUGUCACCAAAUGUUGUAAAUCUAACAGUUUCAUAGGGACUUUCUGUGAUGAGAAAAUGCAUUUUUCAAUACUUUUCUUGCAAAAUUUUCUUACUCAAGACAUCUUGUUAUUCAUGAAUUUGAGACUCCAUUCAUGAGAUAUGCUUAUGCAUUUAUACACAUGUUUGUAUGGAGUGGCCUUUUGAUGUAGGUAUAUUGAUCCUCAUAUAUAUGAAAGAUUAUGCUAUA